AUGGUUGGUCAGCUGUUCUUUCCCCUACGUCCUUUUUUCAAGAGGUGUCAUGGGCAAUUAAGACGCUCAAGCACGUGUUUUUUCUUUCCUGGGCAAGGAGCUCAGUAUGUCGGAAUGUGUAAAUCUUUUCUCAAAGAGCCAACGGUGAUACAACUAUUUGACGACGCUCACAAGAUAUUGGGGUAUGAUUUACUGAACAUAUGCUUGAAUGGACCCGCUGAAGUGUUGAACAAAACAGAGACAUGUCAGCCAGCAGUGGUUGUCUCUUCACUUGCUGCACUUCGGUUUCACAGGGCAAAGCAAUCACAGGUAAAAUUUCUCACAAAACAUCGUUCCAAACCUUGUAGAUAAAGUAGAUCUUAGCCUGUGUCGCAGACAUAAUCCAACCCUGGCUUGUAACGUCUGCUAAGCAGUGCCAAGAUCCUUGUCCUGUACCCCCAGUAGACUUGACAAAAUUAAUUAUCGGAUGUGCAAUUGCAAAUUUUCCUUCAGCUGUAUUGGUCAUUUGAACAAUGGCUUAUGCGGCAGGCUAAUCAUGGCAUACACUCAAAUCCUGCUACACAACUGGGGACCUACCACAUAGGCCCUGCCAGGGUAAAUUCCGACAAGCAACAUGACCUAAAAAGUACUGAGAAAGGGUAAUGAAAUCGUGACAAGAGAUGUCCUGCCUCAGCCAAAUUACGACAGUGACAGUACAGCUGAGAAUAAGUUAGUGAUAAAGAACCAUGGUUUGCUAAUUUAUCACAAGUCUGAAUGCCAAGAAGAAGUAAGGUGUUUGAUCCGUGAAAUGUUAACUGAGAAAUUGCAGAACUGUAAUAGUUUCUUUACAAUGCAUCGCUCCCCCCUUUUCUAAAAUUGCAACAAAGACAAAGAAUUUUCAUUCAAUUUUCAACAGUGACGUGAAACAUUUAUAAACACUGACACGAGACGUUUUAAAAUUCAGACGAGGCUGAGGCUGAGGCUGAUAACACUUACCGAGACCUUGAUUAUUUAUGAUAUCACAAAAACCAAAUCUAAUAGUUGUUUUAUUAUACAAUGUAAGAAAAUAACAACAAACACACCAUCGCAAGGUACCUGAAUUGAUAUGAUUGUCAUUGGAAAUCAUGCAUUGUGUGCGCAACCCACGGAUUCGUUAGUUAUCUGCUAGCAGGUAACUAACCAAUCUGUAGGUUGCAUUGAUUUCCAAAAUUAGCUGUAGGCUCUCACACAACGAGAAGACAUGUAAUGACAUAUAACAAUGUAUAAUAAUACACGUUAAUUUUUAUUAGCUGCCUUCGCGUUCCAUUUGGGUCAAGAUUAUUGGUCUCUUGGGGAUGAUUUCUUGAAAGUCCCAGUAAUUCGUCAGAUCCAAAGCCACACUUUAAAAUCAAAAGCUAAAGAAUACAGUAGAAGCCUGUUAACUGCAACUCUGAAGGGAACCUAAAAACACUUCGAGUUAGCGGGGGUUCGAGUUAUCAGGGUCCAUUGCAAUUGAAUGUCAAAUUUGCCAUCUUAAUAAUAUCAAUAGUUUACUGAUUUUUCAGCACUUCAGAGUAUAGUACAGUGUAAAUUUAACAAAUUUCAGUCAUCAGAAAUGGUAACAUAAUUAUGCUUUUAAUGAUAAAACAUGACCUGUUUGUUGCACCGAUCAAACCAAAUUACUGUAGUGUUAGUUUUGGUGUUUUAAUUGAUUAUACAACAAGAAGAGCUAAUGAAAUGGCAGUCAAGUGAUUGGGGUAAAUUUUAAUGAAAUUUUGAUCAAGGGAAAGGUAAUUUAGGUCGAGUUAGUAAGGAAUUUGAGUUAUCCAAGAUCGAACUGAUUAAAAGUGACUGAAAAGUAGAGUGAAAUCUAAGGAAAAUGGUAAAUCCUCCAAUUAGUAUAUAAACAUACACUGAAAGUCUUAAAAUGCUACUUAUAAAUUUUUGGCCGUUACUUAUUCCUAUGGGUCUCUUGACAUGGAACCUUUUAAACCUUGUUCUAGGUAUUUCCUGAUUGGUCAAAUAAACUCGAUGCAUGCACAACAAUUACUGCUGGGUUUAGUGUUGGAGAGUUGACAGCCUUAAUAUUUUCCGGAGCACUUUCUUUUAAAGAUGGUAGGGUUUUUCAAUACUCAGCUGCUUACUGUGCUUGGAUAUACAAGCAAACGUCCCAUUACCAAUUACCUCUCUUUGGCCAUCACAUAUCCAGGUUCUAAAAUAUCCUUGUUCAAAGCACUUUUAUCUAGUACCUUUCACCAUCAAACUGUCUUAUUUAUGCCUACUUGCUUAAAGUGUCCAAUGUAUGGGAAUUGUUAGCCCGCAAAAACAGACAUCUCUCCUCAGCUCUCUACCACUUUCGACAGAAAUUCCAUGAUACUGAUGAUGUAAAAUCUGUGCAGAAUCUGAUGAGGAGCUCUGAUUGGUCGACAUAGUAGUUACAUUGUUUUAGCUAUUGUUUACAAAUGACAGACAAAAGACAAAAGGCCACAAAGGUCAAAUGUAAACGAGAUGAAUCUACUAACAGUCAAUAUUCAUGGAAUAUAUUCCUCUUUACAAGAAGCAUUAUUUUGAGUUUUGUUGGAGCUUGCCUGCACAAGAACACAAAACUUUACUAAAAAUGAUCAGGAGAAACCUAAAAUCGAACAAAUUAAUUUACAUUUGGAACCCCAUGACUAUGGCAUAAAAUGUAAAUAUUGAUUUAAGUCAUCAGAAUAAAAUAAUAUUAUUGCUGUCACUAAGGCGCAGAUGCCUCUCCUGGCGAAACAAACCUACCGGCGAGGAGCAAUGAGAGAUGGCUGUGUUCAUGGGCUAAUGAAUUUUGAUUUUCUUGGUUGAUUACUGAGAACUGCACCCAAGCUCAAAUGAGAAAGAAAAAUUUGUUGUUGAGUGUUUACGUGCUCCACCAAAUGUCACAGAAAAUUUCGUAUCAUGUUAGAGCAGCAAAGAAGUGUACCAAAAAGCAUGCUUCAAUUUUUAUUGUUUUCACAUUGCCAUCACUGUUUUCAUUGAUAAAUUAAGCUCCCUAUUAUUAUUUGUCUAACCAAUCUACUGGGCUGUGGUGAAGUACAAGCCUGUUCAUGAUUACCAUAAUACAUAAGCAACAAUUAUUUGUAAAGUAAUCCUCUCUGUUUUUAGGUCUGAGACUAGUACAGCUGCGUGCACAAGCCAUGCAAGAAGCUUCGGAUCGGCACCCUAGCUGCAUGGUAUCUAUAAUGGCAUCCAAAGACCAGAGUGUUGAAGAGCUCUGUGACAGUGCAAAAGAAUGGUCACGCCACAGAGGUGUGCAAGAACCAGUUGCGUGUACUGCAAACUAUUUGUUUCCAGGAGGAUGGGUCGUGGGUGGUGAUAACUUAUCCCUGCAGUACAUCCUAGAGUUUGGAAAGUCCAAGGUGUGUUUUUAAACAACUUUUAGUUUCAGUAUUAGUUAUUUAUUGCCAGGGAAAAAAAACAGAUAUUCAUUACAUUAUUAUGCUACAGGUCAAAAUUAAAUUAAGGUUGAAAUUUUUUAACCUACAAUGUUAUCAUGGACAAAAGUCCUUGGGACAGUCAAAACAUAACUUCAAUUCUAUGUGUUUCACUUGUAAGUUAUGUUGCAAAAAGCAGUGCUGUCUUUUUACAAAUCCAUGUCCCCUCCCCACUCCCUACCCAAUACAAUGUUGAAAGAUCAAAGGAAUUGUACCUUGACGGUUUCAACACUGUCCAUGGGGUAGGGAGAGGAGGGGCUAGGGACGUACAGUGUUAGGAGCACGCGGAUACAAUUUUGCGUAUGUUAAAAAGUGUUUGAACUGUACAACUGUCCCAAGACUUUUGUCCAUGAUGGUAGGUUGAUUUUCUAUUUUCGUAGUCUUCUAGCCCUAAUUAUUCAUGAAGAGACAAGAAAACUGAGAAUCAAUCUAGGUUAAAAAAUUUCAACCUGAAUGUAAAUUUGACCCGUAACAUAUACACUGUAGUUAGCUAGUUAGUGAAGGAGACUGCUGGCCUGCAUGACCUCGAGAUGAACCUUGCCUAAACAGGGUGCAAAGAAAAUCAUUUUUACAGCUUGCAAGCUGAAGCUAGCAUUUACUAGCCUAGACAUCAUUUCAACUAGCCCCAAAAGCGUUUGAUGAGCAGAAUUGAUUUCACAGUUCUUCUGUUAUUCAAAUUCCUCAAAAAACAUCACUGCCCGUCGGGCAAGUUAAAAACAGAAUUCACUAGCCCCAUAGAAAAAUUCAUUAGCCCCGGGCUAUGGGACACUACUUUCUUUGCACACUGCUAAAUAAUUAUAUUUAGCCCCAUUUGUUUCUGUUAUAGCAUGGUAUCAAAAGAGCUCAGAUCAUCCCAGUUAGUGGAGCAUUCCACACCAAACUGAUGGAAUCUGCACAGGAUCCUCUAAGGAGGGCACUGGAGUCCAUUGAUGUACAAUCUCCUAAAUGUACAGUGUACUCAGGAACAAGCUGUGAACCAUUUACUACUCCUGAUCACAUUAAAAGGUAACAUUAAUGUAUUAGUCAAUUCCAAAAGUAACCUCUUCUCCUGGUCUGUGGGGCAAAUCUCAAUGCAUUUGACAUUAUUUUCCCCAGUUUGGUUGCAAAUUAGCCAGUCAAAUGCACCAUUGGUCAGAACCUAACAGAGCAUCAAAUACAAACAAAGCAUUUACAGUAUUAAUGUUGGUUAAGAAAAGCUCUGCUUUAAUGACAAUAAUAAUAAUAAUAAUUUUCAUUAUUAUUAUUAUUAUUAUUAUUAUUAUUAUUAUUAUUAUUAUUAUUAUUAUUAUUAUUAUUAUUAUUAAUAUUAUUAUUAUUACAUCAAUCUGAGAACAAAGAACUAUUAAAACAAGCACAUUGCUGCAAUUCCACAAUCCUCAAGAUGAAGUAUGAAAUUAAUAGUAAAUUUUAUGAUAGUAAGGAAGCCUACAUCAAAAUUAUGAACCAUUCUGAAAGCAUUGCUUAAAAGUUGUGAGGCAUAUUUUGCUUAUUUAGUGCGUUUUCAGUUAAUAUUAAAAUGGAAACAUGGAAGAGGAUACAGGUGUAAUAUGGUUAGUUAACGUAACUAACGCUCUAAAAUUGAAGAGUUUCUUUCAAUUGAAACUCUUCCUGCCCAGGCAAAACUGACAGUGUGUUGGCAAUAUAAUUUAUUUAAAACCUUAACUGUUGCAAAUCAUUUGACAGCGGUUAAGAUCAUCUGUCGCCGUCAUCAUUUCCUUGUGAAGACCAUUAAAUGAUAUCAAAAUGAUAACCGCUCGACAACGAAUAAACAAAGUAAUCAUAUCAUUUUUGAAUGAAUAUUUAUUUGUACAAGAAAAUUAUAUACCAUAACGUUGUCAUAUAAUAUAAUAAGCAAAAACAGAUUAAACAAAAUGGCCAAAUUAAUAUAAAUUAAUUAGCCAUGCAAAUUUUUUGAUAUAUAGAUUAUUUUGAAUUUCUAAACACUUUUGCAGUACAUUAUAACGUAUAAUAUUUUUAUUUGACAUCAGGUAAGGGACAGACUAAGAUAAAUUGGCCACCAUAAUAGACGUUUUCUCGUUCAUCCUUUCGUCAGACCUCAAUAAGCUUGACUAAUUUAUUCUUAUUAAGCUUUUUUCAAUUCUCUUUAUGCACUUUUCUCCUUUACAACAUGUUGAGUUGUUGCUUAAUGUGCACUGGUAUUAGAACCACUGAGUGGAGUUUAAAGUCAAAGUACCAUAAAAUUUUUCUGUCCUUGAAAGAGUCUCACCCAAAAAAGAUUGAUUCAGUCAUGUAUUUUAUGUAUAAUAUUAUAUUUUCAUCUCUAUCAACAUCUUGAACAAAAGCAUCCAUACUUUGAGAAUUCAAGUGCAUGAUUGCUUUAUCUUGUUGUAUAGCUUAAAGAAUAAUGAUUAUGGUAUUGGUAUCACUCAUGAAACUUAAUUAAUAUCUACAAAUCCUAUGAAAUUUUUGUACUUCCUCUGUUCAGAGAAGUUUUGAAUUUUUAUUUUAUAAAAUCACAAGUUUUUAUAGUAUCAGUCACAAUACCACAAAAUGUAUACUGGUUUGCCAAUAGUUUCCUAUUGAAAGGGGCCACUAAAAAAUUCCAGUUUGAGUGGUUAUCAAUGACCGUUGUGUUAAAUGAUAUUAGCCAUAAAAUGAUACAGCUUAAGUAUGCUGUAGCCUUGCUUGCAAUGUGUGUUGAUCCUAAUAGGGAUAAUGAGUUUUUUAUUGUGACAAUAUGAGCCAACAUGUCUUCAGUUAGAAAGAAGGAAUAUUAGCCUUUUCAGCAAGAAACACAUUUUGCUUAUUUGCAUCUCUGUUUUUCCUUAUCAUUUGUUGCUGCAGUUUUCCUUCAACAGUCUUAUAACUGUUGCUGAAGGAAGCCCUCUUUUUAUCACAGUCACUUCAAUCUUUCCAGUUAUUUUAAUGGCCUUAAAUAGUUCUUAAGAUCACUCUUGGUCUCUUGCAUUUUGUGGGGCAAUAUUUGUUAGGUGUCAUGACAUUCAAAUCCUUUGAAUAUUUGCGGUUUUAACAUGUACUUCAAUAUUACAGAAUGAUAUUUAGUAUCACAAGUCACAAUUUUUGUUUUAGUUUCUCCUUUUUUUUAUUUUUUGAUGUUGGUCUAGAGAAGUUAAGAGUGAGAUGCAGUGUUUUCUGCAAAGCAGUACAUCAAGAAAGUAUUGAAUAAAUUAAAGUAUUUAAGCUUUCCAGUUGACAUUUAAUUUGCAUUCAACAAGUUUUAGGUGGACAAUACCAUGACAUAUAAGCAACAAGAGAAAACUUAAUGGUUAUACUAAUAUCAAUGAGAUUGGUCAACAAAUAUGGUAGUUUGUGUCAGGGGUCAGUGAACAGUUAACUUGUUACGGCCUCAAACAUGCAUAAUUUCACCUUCCAUAAAUGCAAAAUGAAAAAUAUAAUAAUAAAACAAUUUUUGGUAUGAAAAGAAGGCAGAAGAUACAGGAAAAAUGUUUUAGAAAAGGGAAUGUGCUGUACUUAGCAUAUUUUAUUUGAAUUGAAGGACUUCUUAGUUAAAGACAUAUCACACAUAUAACAUCAAAGCCUAACAUAAAUGUUAUUUUUGCUGGGAAAAGAGAGUCAUCUACCAUUUCCUUGAAUUUGGCUCUUGCUGCAUGUAGAGCAACCCUAAUACAUACUAUGUCCUAAAAUGAGAAUUUUUUGCGUUUAAAACUAAGUACAUGUUUCAAUGAUUUAGCCGGGAUUCAUUAACACAAAAGAUUUUUAUAACUAAAAAUAACUUAGUAUUGUAAUCUCUAGAAAUACCAUAACUAUUGUUUAUAGGAAAGAAUGGAAAGUGAAAGCAGUUAACCAUCACUACAAAUAUUUGCACUAUUGAUAAUUUUUAUUCUUGGAAGUUUAAACAAGGUUUAACCCCGGGGGUUUCAAUAAAAAUUGAAAUAGCCAGCAAAUUUGAAUAGAGUAACUCACUGUAUCAACAGUCCACGUUUUCAAGGGGUGUCUGGAGGCAUGCUCCCUCAGAAAAUUUGAAAAUUGCAAAGCCCUGAUAAGCGAUUUCCAGCAUUUAGGGGACUAAACUGAGUAUAAAAGAGCGAGUUUUCCAUUCAAGAAGAUUUGGGUUUUAGUCAAAUUUUGAUUUUUAGCCACACAAUUAACUCCUGCAAGCAAUGAACAAAUGAUAAUUAUACUAAUUUAAAUACAUUUCCGCGUGAACAAAGUUUGGCUUUGUCUAUGACAUUAUUCAAACUAAUUGCUUCUUCGGAGGAGGAAAAAGUAGCCGACUUCUCUGAGCAAUGUAGCCGACGCAUUUUGUCGGUCGUCAGCCGGUGCUUAUUGAAAUGACUGUUAACCUGUUAGUUCUCUUUCACCCCAAGAUAGAAAUGAUGGAAAAGUUUAUCAUUUUAACUUUUGAUUCUGUGGAUGAAAUUCACUGGUUUUAGGGUGUUUACAAAUUAAAAUUUAGGAGUCACAUCAAUAAUUGAAUAUCUUCAUACAUACUGCAACUGCUAGUAGUGAAAGAUUUUAAGUGCUUCAAAAAAGGUGAUCUUUUUGUGAAGGUGUAAGCAGGCACUUGAAAGAGGAGGGGGAGAUAUUUGAAUUGAGUGCAAUUCAGUCUGUAAUCAUGCUGGUAAUUAACAAAAUCAGACCACUGUGUUUGGGGAGUCUGAUUUGUCUAGUGAAUCACAAGUAUGAUUACAAAACAAAUUGGACGACACAAAGUUCUGUUACCAAUAAUAUUAUUAAUCGUAUAACUAUAUAACAAAAUUUGUGACAUUUUAGGUUUUGUUUUAAAUUAAAAACACUAGAAAUUCUGAGAUUUACCAGCAGCCAUUUAAGUGCUUGAAUGAGAUGGUGUGUACUGUCCAAUUUCUUCGUUAGGCACGACUUGUACUGUCCCAUUACACUGUCCUAUUACAGUCAAGUCCCUUUAUAGUGGUUACUGUACGGACCUUGAGUUAGAAUCCUCAUUAGCCAGAGUCUGUAAUAGCGGGAGUUUAUUUCAGUCAAACAUCUAUAAUAUAUUUUUGCCUGAGAUGUAGCUGCUGUCCGUAUUAUCGGGGUGGCAGUCUGUUAUAGCGGAGUGGUUGCAAGGCAAGAGUUGUCUAUAGUGCUGAAGUCAGGACAAUUGAUAGUCAACAUUGGUAUAGUUAUGAUUAUUAGAUUAAUAGUACAGUAUCUAUUUAAGACAAAAUUUAAUUCCAGCAGUUGUUUAGUUCUCACAUGCUAUUUACUGGUAUUUACAUUGGUUAAAUACUGCAACAGUUGUUAUGGAGUUCAGGACUUGAUCCAUGAGACAGACAUCCAAUAUUAAUACCUUUUCUUCGCAAAAGCUAGUACCUACCUUCUCACCAUGAAUAUUAGUCUUUAAAUAGUUGACACAAAUGUUGUGGAAAAUAGCAUUUUAGUUUAGUGUUGUGGGCAAACAUUGUUUAUUAUUAUUAGAGUUUACUAACUAAACAUGCUAGUUUGUAAGAUGAGCUCUUCUUCCUGAGAUGUAUGUAAACCACAUUACUGUACAGGGGAAGUGGCCCAAAUAUCAGGAGCACAUGUAGUGUUUGUGAUAGGACAGUUGUAAGCAGUCUGUAUUUGUUGGAGUUUGAAAAUUUUGCCUCAAAAAUAUGUCUUUGAUUUUCAAAGAAGGUCUCAGCAUCUCAGAUUCUACCAUUCACCAUAUCCCUACUUGACAAACCAGCAAAUAAUGCCACCUCCAGCUCAUCACAUUUCGUGAGAGAUCUAGAGACGUCUUUGUUUUGAACCAAAACGUUCCAUACUGAUUCAUGUACAGUCCAUAAUCUGGACAGGAACACUGAUUGGUAUUACUCUUUUUAAAAUUAACAUGGGGACUUUCUAUGUCCCCCGCAGUGUCUGUACUUACAAAAGUCGUCAGAAGAAAUUUGUGUUUUCCAUGACAACCAGAUUAUGUAAACGUUGAUUUAGGUCAGCAGUAUGGAAUUUUUAAGGUCAAAAGGUUAACGUCUCUCACAAACGUCCAUAGUGACAUAAAGCGAGAAGAGGUGGUAAGUAUUUGACUACUGUCACAGCUGACAUAUUAGGUGGAUUUAGCAACAGAAUGAGAACGUCAGUUGACGACGGCGCGCACAAAUCAAACAACUGGCUUGACCAAUCGCAGAGUGGCAAAUUGGGAACCGGAAGUAGCGUUUAGUCCUUUCCGCGUGCUUUCGCGUCCUCAACUGACGUUCUUGUUCUGUUCCUAUAUCAGCCUAAUUAUUAUACGCUGUAUAGCACACACACUGACAUGCUUUUUGUUCCUGUUUCAGCUUGCUUUUGCGUCAGCUUGUAGAACCCGUCGAUUGGAUGAAAACUAUUCAAAACAUCACUAAGGAGUGUGGAAAUGAUAUUACAGUGUUUGAAAUAGGACCUGGAAAGCAGCUGAGAAGUAUGAUCUCUCGCAUUGACAGAGCACUGUUGACGAAUUUCACCAAUUUGGAGACAUGA